UCCCACGCCCCACCCACCCCCGCGAUCCAGAUUCCCUUCGAUCUACCUUGUCUCCUCUCCUACGUCGGCCUCCCUUCCACCUACUCUCCUCUCCUCUUCCGCCGGGAUCCCCUCCCCAUUCUUCUUCGAUUGCUGUCGUCCCCAUAUAUCCCUCUCUCCGAUCCAUGGCGGCAUCCUACAGGCCGUACGGGCGCGCAGCCUUCCUCCACCACUCGGCCGACCAGGCCCAUCGUGGCGGCCAGCCCGGGCUGCUCCCCGCCAUGGCGUGGAGGCGGGGCGUGGCGGCGACCCCGAGGGCGAGCCUAGUGGCGGCGCGGACGGAGACGGAGGAGGCGGUGUACGAGGCGGUGAUGCCGCAGGCCGUGCUGAUGGAGGAUCUGCAGGGGCGCGGGCGGCAUGAGAGGCUGAGGCGGUCAGGCGCCUGUGGCGGGACGAGCAGCUGGAGCAGGAGGGCAACGCCGAGCUUGGCAUCUGUCCGAGACAACAUGACCAAGAGAGAGGACAACGGGGAAGUAGUAAUUUGCAUCUUGGGGUUUGAGAGUGUAUUUCUCAAGCUAUUCUGGUGGGUGAACUGACGGGAAUUAAUGAAAAGUUAUGUCAGUGUUCCUAUAGCCCAAUGGAAGUUGCAUUUUUUCCAUCAUGUGAGUCUGAAGGAUUGUUCAUCAUAGAAAUGUCCAGUUGACAGAUUUCUGAGUUGUCCUGAUUUUGCGUCCAUGGCCAAACCCAGGUACCUACAAACUCCCCUAUGUUCUGUUUUAGAACAACUCUGUUUUUCUGCUAGUCAAAUAGACCGUAAUACUAGAACAAUUGUGUAGCUAGAUAGAUCAUUGUUGGUUCUGAUGCUUAUUAGUUGACACACCAAGUGUUUGUUACUGCUGAUGAUUACUAUUACUACAACAAUAAUACAUCUGCAACCAAGAGUUAAAUGGAAAUGACCUGACAGGAAAGGGUACAAUGUUGGUAAUACGUCUGUUGUUUCCGAUGCCUUCUUGAUUGCUUGCGAAUGACCUGGGAAUUACUUCUACUUGGUGCACAACCUUUGCUUGUUACAAUUUGCCUCAAAAGCUUAGAUUUGGAAUCUAUAAUAAGAUUUGGUACUGCCUUGGAAUUUCUUAUCUCCUUUCACUUGUGGUCAUGCCUAGCACCGUAUCCUUCUUAAGUUGGGUUUUCCCCAAUUUCUAGGAUUGGUCUGUUUGGUACUGCUUAUAAUUCAUAUAUACUAUGAUGCUACUAUAUGCUUUUGUUUCUGCUGUUAUACUGUACUAAUGCUCCAGGUCAUUGUGAGUUCCUAGUAGUGGUCUUGGUUUAUUGUUUAAUUCCAGGAUUUGUGAGUUCCUAGUAGGGAACACAUGGGCAUGAGACAUCGACACAGGGCUGCAGUGGCAACGAUGACGACGAUAUCGACAUUGUCACGGUGCUGCGGCGACGACGACGACAUCAACACCACCAACACCGGCUUGCGGAGGCGACGACGCCGACAACCUAUAUGGGUGGCGUAUAUUGUAUAUAUACAUUAAUUAUCUAUGUCAGAUAUGUAAGAUUGACUGUACGCAUAACAUAUAUGUAUUAUGAAAUGCACGUAUGUGAGUACUAUGAAA